UAAUACAAAUACAGGGAAAGGUAAAGAUGGACGUAUGGAAGGUUAUGGAAACAAAACAAUGGAUAACAAAAUAAGAGAUCUUGGAUUUAUGGGUGGGAAGUCAAAGUCCUUGUAUGCAAGAGAUGGUCAUCUGGGCAUUACUCUAAUUAAGUAUCCCAGUGAUCAAUCAGGCCUAAGGGAUGCUGUGAAAUUAGCAGAAUACUUUGAGAAGAACAAUCACGGUCGCAAGAGUUGGGCUCGCGUGCAGCCCUUGACACUGGGCAAGGAUGACGAGAAAAAUCCAAGUCUUGUGAAAGUAGAUGAGAGAACAGGAGAGAAAAAGAGGAUUUUUUAUGGUUAUCUUGCAACUGUUGCUGAUCUGGACAAGGUUGAUUUUGAGACAAGGAAGAAGGUUACAAUUGAGAGCCUGAAAGAAUACAAAGCAUUCAAAUAAUAUAUUCUCGGUAAGAUUACAAGGUACCAUGAUGUGUAAUUUGUAGCGAUUUAGCCUAUGAAUCUUUGAUGGCUAAUCUCUCUGUCAUUCAAGAUGAUUGAAGCUUCAUAUGAUUUGCUUGCUAAUAGUAUUUAUACUUCCCAAUUUCUCUAA